AUGUCUUCAAAAGUGACUUUUACAUUUGAAGAGGAUUCUCUGCUGGCUGAUUAUGUUAGCAGACAUCCAUGUCUGUAUGAUUUACAACAUAAUGCGUAUAAAGACAUACACAUAAAAGAAAACGUAUGGAAAGAAAUUGCCACGCGUUUAAAGAAAAGUGUUGAUGAUUGUAAAAAGCGUUUUAAGAACAUGAAAGAUACCUAUAACAAAAAAAGAAGAAGCAGAAAGAUGGGCACUGGGUCUGCUGCUAAAGACAAACCUUCUAAAUGGAUGCUUGAGGAUAUGUUAUCUUUUCUUGACAAAACGAUAUAUGAAAGACCGACCUUAACAAAUGUAACAUCAAUUGAAGAAAGCAGUAUACAUGAGGAUAAUGAUGACUUACAUGAAAGUAAUGCUGAUAUAGCCAUAGAGCCAGAAGAUGAACUAUCUGCACCCCAAGCUGAGGAGACUGUUGGAUCAGAUACACAAAAAACAUCAUCAUCAAUAGCAGGAGUAAAACGGCACAAAAAAAAAUGA